AGAGAAAGCCCCAUCGUAAAGGAUGACCUUGGGCGCUUUACGAAAGCAGGAUCAGCCACUAGAGUUCAGUUCAGUCUAGCCUUGGCCACAAGCGUGGUUGUAUCUCGUGGGUCGUUGCACAGAGCACGUUUGGCAUUCAUGAAAAACAUAACGUCAUCUGCAGACGAAUGUUUUCACUGUACAAAUACCUUCCGAGGUACGCCGCUCCUCUCAACUCGUUCGGGGCCAUUAUUUCGUCGGACGUUUUGAGAACAAUAACCAUGAGCAAAUCGAACGAAGAGGUCUUGGAAGAGAUUCUCAUCACUCCCAAAGACGGAGACGACAUAUACGACCUGAUGAGAGUAUCGUACGUGGAUAAAGAACCUUUGUGCGUAGGACUUCACAUGACCUUUGAGGAAUUCUUUCCCCUGCUGAAGAAGGUCCUGCCGCCGACCUUCGACAGUAAGGUCAGCUUCGGCUUGAGGGAGAAGUCCUCCGGGAAGUUGGUCGCCUUCAUACUCGGCCGAAUUCUCCUUCCAGAGGACGACCCAGAAAUAUUCCCCGAGGGAGGAUACGAAGUCGAAAAAUCGAACCAUUACUCGAAAGUGCUCUACGACUUGUGUUCAGACAUCGAUGUCUUUCGAGACGGGAGAUUUAAAAGGCAAUUGGAACUGCAGUGUUUGUCGGUUCAUCCAGACUACGGCAACAGAGGUCUGGGGAGAAAGCUGCUUCAGAUGAGCGAGGACAAGGGCAAGGAGCUGGGCUGCGACGUGGCCACCAUGCAGGCGGUGAACGCCUUCACAGACCGCAUUGCCAAGAAGAUGGGACACUCCACCGUCAGGAGGACGGACAUAACGACCAUCAAAGACGGGACAGGAAGGCCCCUGCUGGACGUGGACGCCGUCAGGAAUGGGUUGGGCACCUCCUAUUUCACCUAUUUCAUGAAGGAGUUGUGAAGCUGUACACCUGCGAGUUAUAUAGAUGGAUAAGCCAAUCCUCAUGUAGAAUUAUUUUUAAUUUUAAUAAAUAAAUAACUUUGA